AUGAGAGUAAAUAAUCUGAUAAAGGAUAAUACUUGUACCAUUCCAGAAGAGAUGCUCAAAUAUAUCAAUACUGAAGAUCUUCCCAUUCUUUCUUUGGAAGAAGCCAAACUAAUUUGGACUGCAAUUCAAUCUAGAGAAUUCACAAUUCAGAGUGCAAUAAAUGUUAUCAGGGAAAUAUACCCCAAAAUGAGGUGGUUUAAAAGACUAUGGAAAUCCUAUGUUCAUCCCUCUACCGCAGGAAAUGUGUGGAAGAUAACAAGAAAUGCUUGCAAUACUGAUGAAAAUGUCAAGAAAAGAGGUAUAUCUCUAGCUUCCAGAUGUUACUUAUGUCAUAAAGAUCAAGAUUUACUGAUUCAUAUCCUUUGGAAUUGCAAUUAUGGUCAACUGUUAUGGAGUUCGAUUGGUGGCAUUUUUGCAUUCAAAAAUCCUAAAUCCUUUGAUGACAUUAUGACUCUUUGUAAGAACAGUAGCUCUUGGAUUCAGGAACUGUGGCUUAUUGCUUCUUCUAACAUGAUGGUGGAGAUCUGGUUUUCUAAAAAUCAUGUCCUAAAAGCCUUUGAUAUAAAAUGUAGAAAAGUAAAGUCUGUCAGAGCUAUUGAGUGUUCCUUCCUACUACCUAAAGAUGGAGAAAUUCUUCUAUGUUGUGAUGGAGCAUCAAGGGGGAAUCCAGGAUGUGCUGGGUAUGGAUUUAUAGCUAGAGAUAGCAUUGGUAAUUUGGUUACAGCUGAAUCUGGUGGAAUGGGUAUUACUACAAAUUUUGUUGCAGAAAUUAUUGGAACUAUUAGUUCAAUGGAAUGGGUUGUGCAGAAUAAUCAAGACAAGCUGAUCGUUAACUCUGACUCACAUCUGCCAUAA